UUUGCCUCGCAAAGGAAAAGACAGCAGCAGGAUCUUUUUUCCUCACUGUGCCACAUCCGGUCGCGGCGUCCGUCAGCGGCCAUAUGUAAUUGAACGUCAUUCAUUCGACCAGAGAAGGCGCUUCGCUUCUCCCACCGACGCCAGAAGAGCGGGCUCCACGGGCCGCUCUCCGCCGCGCCGUUCCCCCGGACGCUAAUCCGCGCGUGCCCCGGCGACGGCCCGUCAGAGGCUGGGUCGUGACGUCACGGAACAAUGCUCGAGCGACCAGAGACCGCGGUUCCCGGCAUCGCCCAGCGGAACCUGGAGGGCUACGUGGGCUUCGCCAAUCUCCCCAACCAGGUCUAUCGGAAGUCGGUCAAAAGAGGGUUCGAGUUCACGCUGAUGGUUGUAGGUGAAUCUGGUCUGGGGAAGUCGACUCUCAUCAACUCUCUGUUCCUGACUGACCUGUACUCCAAGGACUACCCUGGGCCCUCCCAGCGCAUCAAGAAGACGGUGCAGGUGGAGCAGUCCAAAGUGCUGGUGAAGGAAGGAGGAGUCCAGCUGACACUCACCAUCGUGGACACUCCGGGCUUUGGAGACGCGGUGGACAACAGCAACUGUUGGCAGCCCGUCAUAAACUACAUCGACAGCAAGUGCGAGGACUUCCUGAACGCCGAGUCGAGAGUGAACCGCAGGUCCAUGCCGGACAACCGGGUCCACUGCUGCCUGUACUUCAUAGCGCCCUCUGGACACGGUCUGAAGCCGCUGGACAUCGAGUUCAUGAAGAGACUCCACGACAAAGUCAACGUCAUCCCGCUUAUUGCGAAGGCCGACACUCUGACCCCGGAGGAGUGCCAGCUUUUUAAAAAACAGAUAAUGAAAGAGAUACAGGAGCAUAAAAUCAAAAUCUAUGAAUUCCCAGACACGGAGGACGCCGACGACAACAAGCUCGUCCGAAAGAUAAAGGAGAAGAUGCCGCUGGCAGUGGUCGGCAGCAACGUGGUGAUCGAGGUGAAUGGCAAGAAGGUCAGAGGUCGCCAGUACCCGUGGGGCGUGGCGGAAGAGGGCAUUUUUGUGGAGAACGGGGAACACUGCGACUUCACGGUGCUGCGCAACAUGCUAAUCAGGACCCACAUGCAGGAUCUGAAGGACGUCACCAACAAUGUCCACUAUGAGAAUUACCGCAGCAGGAAACUCGCCGCCGUCACCUGUAACGGGGUGGACACCACCAAGAGCAAGGGCCAGCUCACCAGGAGUCCCCUGGCCCAGAUGGAGGAGGAGCGCAGGGAGCACGUGAUGAAGAUGAAGAAGAUGGAGGCAGAAAUGGAACAGGUCUUUGAGAUGAAGGUCAAAGAGAAGAAGCAGAAGCUGAGGGACUCCGAGGCCGAGCUGGAGCGACGCCACGAGCAGAUGAAGAGGAACUUGGAGGCGCAGUACAAGGAGCUGGAGGAGAAGAAGAGGGUGCACGAGGACGAGAAGGCCAACUGGGAGGCUCAGCAGAGGAUCCUGGAGCAGCAGAAACUGGACGCCUCCAAGACGAUGGAGAAGAACAAGAAGAAAGGGAAAAUCUUUUGAAGAGAAGCGACCCGUUGACCUUCAGUUUUACGCAAACCCAGUGCUUUUCUUCACGUGCUGUGGCCCUUCCCGAAACGUAUAGAACAUUUCCCAGUAAUACCGUUAACGCACACCCACGUACUUCAUCCGUUGAAACUCAUCAUUCAAUUUCACGGCCAACGCGUGUUUUUCUGAAAUUCAAUUUUCCUCAUGUGGUCCAAAAGAGAGCGAGAGCGAGUGUGUUUAAGGUCAGGUGGCAGCCGAAGCAUGAGGGGGGGGGAGGGGGGGGAGAUCACUUUGGAGCUAACAGCUAGCUGCUGGCUAACACGCUAGCUCUAUUUAGCGCUUCUAUUUUCUCAAAAAAUAAACAAAUAUGAACCGUUAAUUUGUCCCAGCUGUCGGUAAAAAAAAACCAGUAGUCUCUCGUAUAACAGUCAGAGAGGCGGGUGAUUCCAAACAGACUAAUAAUAAUUCUUUAUUUUCCGCUGUGCGCCGUCAAAGGUCAACGCUGUCAGGACGCUAAUCAUCAACAGCUAAUCAUCAACAGCCAAAAACAAACUCGCUCUGGAACUGGAUGUUGAAAGAUUCCCUUGUAAACCAGUCGCCGUGUUGAAAUGUACCUCUUUAAAUGUUCCCCGCGGUGUGUGUGUGUGUGUGUGUGUGUGUGUGUGUGUGUGUGUGUGUGUGUGCGUGCGUGUCGGAGCGGUGAGGACUCAUCAGCUCUGAAUGAGCCCUUCAACAUCCCCUUUAGAGGUUGUUCGCCGCCUCACGGCGUCCGCCAUCUUUCUCCGGCAGCCCCAGAACGGGCAAACGCAACACUGUCUCUGCAGAAACACUUUUCCGUUCCAGCCGUCGUUGUGGCUGAGGUUGCUCCGGGACGAGCAACGUUACCGGUGACGAUAUAGGUAUCGCCGACUUCUACACACUGUCCCUUUUUAAACGAUGGGGACAUUCGUGUGUGUGUUUCCCAUUCAAAAAAAAGAAGACAUUAUGCAAAAAGCUUCACGGGCGUCACAAAGAUGUUUUAUAUUGUUAUUUAGGUGGUGGAUGUCUUCAUAGAUCUGAACCCCGAUGCCCAGCUCUUUCCUAACAAUGUUCCCCUUUUGUGUGAACAAUUCAUCAAAUAGCUUGAAUAUUCCUGCGCCCCCCCCCCCCUUUUCCCCACGGACUCCACAGGAAGACGCCAGUUUGGAGAAGUUUGCCAAUUAUUUUUUUCGAAUAUGAACCACCGAUGACCUGUAACCCAAGUCCAUUCACAAGGUCAAAGGGCGCCGUGACACGGCCGGACCUUUUUAACUCGCCCUCCCACGUUUUAAUUCCCUGUAUUAAUGAUGCCACGUGUGAGGUUGAAGAAGAGCUCCUUAAAUCCUGUGUAGUUUUCCCAAACGUAUAAUCUGUUAUUUUAGUGUAGUUUUUCAGCUCGCCUGCAAAAUUCUGGAUGCAUUUAAAGCAAAAAUGCUAAAGGGACAGACACCUGCAGCAUUUAGGGUAUUACCUGUAUGGAUUUGAUUAUGGUUUUAUUACUGUGUACAUAACGGAGGCUGCUCAGUGGCCUUUUUCUUUCUUCUUUUUGUCACACGAUUAGCCAGGAAAAACAGAACUUGUACUCAGAACUAUUAUGUAAAACUUGUCUUAAGAACACACCGAUACAUUUCAGAUACGUUUACGCACGCACGCAUACCGUAUACAUCUAUGCCAAUGAGUACACGUUCUCAGGAGUCCAGAGUUCCUCUUUGAAACGCUUGCGCAGCCCUUCCAAUAACGCCAAGUUAAGAUAAACAUUUAGGUGGACAUUUUCAUUUUUUGUAAUAUUUUCAUUUUUGUAAUGUGUGCACUGUUUACUGCUUCUCUUCUUUGUUCUCUCUCUAACUGUACAUUAUUAAUAUUAAAGUUGACAUGGUUAUGCUUUAA